UCACUAACCAUUAUUAUUAUCACAGCCUAUUAAAAAAAUUAAGCUUAAAGAUGGCCUCACCUUUUUGUUGCACUACCCUUGUUCUUUCUUAUGUUUCGAUUGCACUCGUGGUCACCAUUUUUCCAACUUUCGGUACUGGUUCUACCAGAUUAGCCACAACAUCCGAGCUAGAAAUGGAAGCAAAAGCUCUCCUUCAUUUAGGCUGGUGGAGUUGGCACGGCAAUGACACUCGCGGUCAUUGCAGAUGGAAAGGUAUGGCAUGCAAUAAAGCUGGGAGCAUCACCCGCAUUGAUUGUUCAUGGGUUGCGGUUAGUGGAAGCAUCUCGCCUGAAAUAGGAGCUUUAUCUUCACUCAAGUCCCUUGAUCUUUCUCACAAAGGCCUAACUGGUGAGUUACCUCAAUCCCUUGGAAAACUUACACUCUUAGAAAAGCUUGACCUUUCCAAUAACUUUAUUAACGGUUCUAUCCCCCUAGACUGGGGGAACAUGAAGAGUUUGAAACAGUUGGACCUAUCCCGUAACCAAAUUCGUGGUCCUAUCCCUCCUACCUUAGGCAAAUUAACCAAUUUAGAACAGUUGGACUUAUCCUUUAAUCAAAUCACUGGGGCAAUUCCUCGUGAAAUUGGGAACCUAAAGAAUUUGUCUGAAUUGUAUCUAAGUAAAAACGAGCUCAAUGGUUGGAUCCCUUUGUCAAUAUUUAAUUUAUCCAGAUUGAGCCUUUUCUAUCUUGAUUCCAAUCUUUUAGAAGGUCCCUUACCACAAGAAAUGGAGAAUUUGAAAGCUUUAACUUUCCUUGACCUCUCAAAUAACAAAUUGAUUGGACCUAUUCCAUCUCAAAUUGGAAAUUGCUCAGUGUUAGAAGGAUUGUAUUUGAGUAACAAUCGUAUAACUGGAAGCAUUCCCUUUGAAGUCUUCACUUGCCCUUAUCAUACUCUUGAUCUCAGUCAUAACUUCAUCGAGGGAGAAAUACCGCAUCAAUUUGAUAACGGUCUUUACUUGCAAGUUUUGAAUCUUAGCUACAACAAUCUAACAGGCAUGAUUCCUAAAUGUUUUUGGUUCUUGGAAACGCUCAAUCUGUCCUAUAAUUCUCUAGAGGGACCUAUUCCAGAAGACUUCAGUCAUAGGUUUUCAUCUGAUUCAUUCUGGGGAAACAAGUAUUUAUGUGGAAACCUAUCAGAUUUCUCUCCUUGCCCUUCUAAAUCAAGCAACAAGCUAAAGAUUGUUGAAAUCAUUCUUCCAGUUCUCUGUUUUCUGGCCUUCUUGGGUUUAGGAGUUUUACUCUUCCUUAGAUUCAGAGCCAAAGAUAACAUUCCUGAACCAAAUGUCACAAAAAAUGGAGAUUUAUUCUCAAUCUUGAACUUUGAUGGAAGAAUUGCAUUUGAAGAUAUCAUUGAGGCGACCAACGACUUUGACAUCCGAUACUGUAUUGGGACUGGAGGUUACGGUAGUGUUUAUAGAGCGCAAUUACCAAGUGGAAAGAUUGUUGCCUUGAAGAAACUUCAUCGAAGAGAAGCAGAGGUCCUAGCUUUUCACAAGAGUUUCAAGAAUGAGGCAAAAAUAUUAUCAGAAAUACGACACAAGAACAUAGUGAAGCUUCAUGGAUUUUGUCUCCAUAAUCGUUGCAUGUUUUUGAUUUACGAAUACAUGGCUCGAGGGAGCUUAUUUUGUGUUCUCGCCUAUGAUAACGAAGCAAUGGAGAUGGAUUGGAUCAAAAGAGUGAAGAUAAUCAAAGAUACAGCAUGUGCUUUAUCUUAUCUGCAUCAUGAUUGCCACCCACCAAUAGUUCAUCGAGACAUAUCAAGCAAUAACAUUUUAUUGAACUCCAAUCUUGAGGCUUGUGUCUCGGAUUUUGGCACAGCUAGACUCAUUGAUCCUGACUCGUCUAAUCAAACAAUGCUUGUUGGAACCUACGGAUAUAUUGCACCAGAACUUGCUUAUACUAUGGUUGUAACUGAAAAAUGCGAUGUCUAUAGUUUUGGAGUAUUGGCACUUGAAACACUCAUGGGAAAGCAUCCUGGUGAACUCUUGGUAUCACUAUCGGCAUCAUUUUCCAAGAAUAUAAUGUUAAGUGAUAUUUUAGAUCCACGUUUAUCGCUUCCAAGCGAUCGAAGAGUUGCAAAGGAUAUUGUUUUUGCUGCAACAGUGGCCUUUGCUUGCUUAAGGUCGAACCCAAAGUUCCGACCAACAAUGAAGUGUGCGUCUCAAGAGUUUCUUUCCCGGAAAAGACCAGUAGCAAAUCGUCUCCAAGCUAUCUCUCUGCUGCAACUCAAGGAGCAUGAUCUGUAUAUGGAUGAUGAAGCCAAAUUUCAAUCUCAGAAGUCAGGGGAAAUUGUUGGACUCCAUGCUAGUUCUUCAACUUGAUUUUCAUGUGUAGCAUUAUUUGAUGUCUUCACUUCCAGUCUUUCCAUUCAAUAUCGGAUGCUUGUUAAUUCUAUCAUUAUAAUUUUGGGUUUGGUUUUGUAGAUCUAUGGUUAUCAAUAAUUCUAGUGGUUUAGAAUCCAUGUCUUAUUAUUCGGCACUAUAACUGAAUUAAAUAAAACACUAUAACUGAUUUAUCUAUAAUGGUGUAAUUCAUUUUGUAAUUUGAUUAUUAUUUGAUGAAUUAAAUAAAUAUUAGUUAUGUUGA